AUGUAUCGAUGUAUCGAUUGUGUCGAUAAUAACUUUUUGCGUAUCUGUUAUAGCUGUUUUAGUAACGUUUAAGUAGGAAACCAGUUAUUGGUUUUGCACUGUUUAACCCGUGUUUGGGUACAUCGGCUAUUUCACACUAGCUUAAAAGGGUUUUAUAUUUAUAAUAGCUAGACGCAUAAGAGAACUGAACUGAACUAGACUGCACUUUAACGACAAUGUGUAUAGGUAGUUUUAAAAUUGACAUUAUUCAUAAUGUUUUUUUUUCCGAGCUAUAUGUACUUUCUAUGAUUAUUUUGACACCACUGACAUACGGUGAAGGUAAACAUCGACUUAUAAUUUCUAAUUAUAAGUUUGAAAUCGCCAACCCGCAUAGGAACAGAGAUCGUGGUCGUGGUGGCCCGGAGGUUAGGGAGCCCGCUUCUCAUGCAUGCUGUGUAAGUUCGAAACCUGGCAAGUACCAAUGUGACUUUUUCAGGGUUAUAUUUUGUACUUUCUAUGAUUAUUUACACACCACUAACAUAUGGUGAAGGUAAACAUCGUGAGGAAACCUGGACUUAUAAUUUUAAUUAUAAGUUUGAAAUCGAAAACCCGCAUUGAGCAAGCGUGGUGAUUAAUGCUCUAACCUUCUCCGUAUGAGAAGAGGAUUGCUCAGCAGCGGGCACUUAUAGGCUGAUGAUGAACUGAUGAUGAUGAUGACGAGGAACAAAGAUAGCAACUUUUUUUAUAUGUUAUAUUCUCACGUAUCGGGAAUGCAAUAAACUUUUAUUAUAAUUGGGUAGUUUCCUAGGUCAAAAAUAAAUUAAUUCGAUGUUUCAAUACAAUAAAAUAUUGAAAAAUAACUAUACUUUUAUUCAUCGAUCGAUCGAUACACCAAGUUAUAGAUUUUUUUUAGCUAAUUAUUGUGAAAUAAGUAAGCUAUUUGACGCAAAAAUGUUAUGACGUCAUAGCUCAGUUUUCAUACAAAUUUCAUAGAAAAGUAUCGUUUUUGGCGUUUGGAUAAAAGUAUUGAAUUAGACUAGUUGGAAACUACCAUAUUAUAGAGGAGGCCUAUACAUCAGUAC